AUGUCUUUAGUUUCACUGAGCGCUAGAGGAGAAACGGUGGGACCUUUCGGUGUAUCUACCAGCAGAGAUCCAUUUGACGACGGUCUAUUUGACGGUGUGGGAACCGUGAAGGUCUACACAGACAAUCUAGGUGUGAGUGGAAUUAAAAUUCAAUAUGUAACUAAAGAGAAGUUCCACCUCCGAGAACAUGAAAGCUUUGGAAUUUCCAAGGAUGACUUUAAACUAGAGUAUCCCGAGGAGUUUAUAACGGUGAUCAAGGAAACACAAAGCUUUGACAUGACUUACAAUACAAGUUUUGUGUCAAGCAUUGGAUUCACAACCUCAUACGGGAGAACAAGCGAUUUGUUUGGAAGUUCAGCAUUAGAUGGCAUCUACUUUGCACUGAACACUGAGGGACAUGUGGAAAAGUUCAUUGGGUUCCUGGGAUCAUCCAGUGUGCGCAUCAAUACGUUGGAAGCUCACUUUGGAACACGAACUCCCACCUUUGAGAGUAAACCGAAUUCAGAGUGUGGGCUUCCAGUCGGUGGUGUUAGCACUUUAUCAUUUGAUGAUGGAGUGUUUGAUGGUGUGAGCAAGCUGACUCUGAGGGAAAACACCAGCUGCAUUGCUUGUAGAAUUCAUGGGAUCAUCUAA